CCACUGAGUUCUACGGUAGUGCGGCACAGUGAGCGUCUGUUCAUUAUUUGCUUUCUGAUAAUACUUUCUGGUUAAUAUAUUGAUUGAGAAUAUCGGUAAAUAUGAAUUAAUGCAACCAGCAGUAGUAGCUGUUUGUUGAUAAUGGCUGAGUACCGUGGCUCGGACUCGUAUCGCGUGUCUUCAGGAGUGGGAAGCGAUUCUGAAGUAAUGGCAGAAUUAGCGGCGCUUUUGCGUCAUGAAAUCCCUGAUGGGAGAAGCAACCUGGCUGACAGUCACACAAAUUUGGAACGAGUCGCAGAGUAUUGCGAGGCAAAUUAUUUCCAAGCCGAGAACAAACGUAUAGCUCUUGAGGAAACUAAAAAUUAUACAACUCAGUCGCUUGCCAGUGUUGCAUAUCAAAUAAACACACUGGCUUAUAACUUUCUGCAGUUGUUGGAUCUGCAAACCUCACAGCUUGCUGAAAUGGAAAGUCAGAUGAACCACAUUGCUCAGACAGUUAUGAUUCACAAGGAAAAGGUUGCCAGAAGGGAAAUAGGCGUUCUUACUGCGAACAAAAUGACCACGAGACAAUAUAAGAUUAUUGCACCGGCAAAUCCUGAAAAACCUAUAAAAUAUGUUAGAAAAAGCAUAGAUUACACCAUCUUAGAUGAGAUUGGUCAUGGUGUGCGAAGCGGAGGUACUCCGAGGAGCAAACAGCGUGGGGGGAGCCAGGGCAGUGUACAAAGUCUCGGUGCUGCUUCGACUGGAUCUGGUUUGGGUGCAGUCAUUGUGGGUCCAGCACCUACUACAAAGCCACCAACUCCGCCACAAACAGUCCGGACAGGAACACUGAGUAAGGGCUCCCGUGAGUACAGAACACCACCCGCAGUGGCCCCGCCCCAAGUUCCCAGCCACUAUGCACCCAAUUACCCCUUAGGUAAUCCUAGACGGGAACGAGGACCUGGUUAUAGUACAUUACCACUUCAUGCUCAUACCACCGCACAUCCCUCUCAUGGACUUCAGCAUACGGUUCAUCCUACUAAUCUUACUCAACACACUCUACCCCCUCAAGUUGGAACUGUUCAUCCACUCCAAAGCCAUCCACAAACUCCACCUCCCGCUCCACCCAGUGUCACUGGAGCUGCAGGGUAUGUCCAAGAACAUCUUAACAGUAUGCCACCGCCCCCCUCGCCGCUGGUUGGUUCUGGGAGUGAAAUGACUAAUUACAGUGGUCACCAUACUCUCCCGCAUCGACUAUCUCAUCAAGUUAGCCGCAGCAGUGGUGCGAGCAGCCCUCCGUUGCCUCCGCCGCCUCCCCCGGAACACGACGAACAUUCCCAAUUUGGAAGGCCACAGCAACCAUCUGGUGCGAUUAUGCCGAUUGUGCCAGAUGAGGAAGACUUACCUGGAUGGGUACCAAAGAACUAUAUUGAGAAAGUGGUUGCCAUAUAUGAUUAUUAUGCCGAUAAAGAAGACGAAUUGAGCUUCCAAGAGAGUUCAGUUAUCUAUGUUUUGAAGAAGAAUGACGACGGAUGGUGGGAAGGCGUAAUGGAUGGAAUAACUGGACUAUUUCCUGGAAACUAUGUAGAGCCCUGCGUUUAGAAUACCAAUCUCGACUUUAAUUUGAAUCGAUUAGUUUUUCUAUGACAAAUACUAGUGGUUAAAAAUCGAAUGUAAGAGUUGCAAACUUGUAUUAUAUGUAUAUGAAUCGGUGAUUCGAAGUACAUUUUUGCGGUCCAAAAAUGUUUUGCACUUCAGCAUUAUUUCGUACGUGUUUAGUCUGCUUAUUAUGUGCAGCCACGAGAUGGUUGCAGGUUUUGUUACCAGACCGUUUCAAAAGCAAUAUUGUACGUAUGGUUUCAGCAAAAUAAUUUAUAAUUCUUGUUUUACUCUGCUUG